AUGGACGCUACGACUUCGUCGGGCCUCCGGCCGCCACAGGCAAAGAAGCGGCGGCGUACCGCCCCAACUGCCGUGAACGCUCUAGGAAAUGAUGUUCUGUGCAUGAUUUUCGCUUUUCUCGACCUCAUCCACCUUAUUCGAUGCUCUGCUGUCUGCAAAUCAUGGAGAACAGUGAUUAAUAAACUGAAGCUACUGCAAAUACAAUAUCACAAUCAACACCCAACAAGUUCUGGUGGCGGCAAUGAUUUGCCUAGAUUUUCAGAAAGAUCGAUAAAUAUACAGAUGGAGCAGUUAGCCAUGGAUCGGCAAAGGUCGUCUUUGCAAGAAGGUGAAAUUGAUAUUUCUCAAUGGAAAGCUCACGCGGUAGGGUUUAACAAGUGCAGGAUGAAGAUGGGGUUGAUUCUUUCUGGUGGGGGAGAUAAGGUAAUGCGUCUCUGGUCUGCCGAGAGUUGUAAAAGACUGGAUGAAUAUUUUCUACCCGAUAAAGCUCCACUAAUUGAUUUUGAUUUUGAUGAGGGAAAGGUUGUUGGUCUUUUGGGGACUCGUAUAUGUAUAUGGAGGCGCAUUGGUAAGAGAGAGAUAAUUUCAUCACUCGAGGGCUUGUUUACUAGGGGAAUGUGCUUGAGUUACGUGGACCCGCUUGCAGUGGUUGGGUGUGAAGAUGGGAAAGUCCGUGUAUUUGAUAUGUACAGCAGAAAGAUUUCGCAGAUAAUCAAGAUGCAUCCUGGGGCAGUAUCAUGUUUAUCUUUCACAGACGAGCAAUUGAUUGUCAGUGGUUCAUCUCAUGGUACUAUUUCAAUAUCAGAUCUUUCAUCCGAUCAGCGGGUCAUCACCUUGGACACAACCAGUUCUGCAGGCAUAAAAACUUUAUGUGUGAACCCAAGCUCGUAUAAACUGUUUGCUGGAUCAAGUACAGGCCAUGCAUCUUGUUGGGACCUAAGAACAUCAAGAAGACUAUGGGAAACACGAGCAAGCCCCAAUGUGCUUCACUCCAUGCAUCACUUGGCGAAUGAUAAAUCAACAUUGGUUGUUGGUGGAAUAGACGGCGUUUUAAGAGUCAUCGACCAAGACAGUGGAAAUAUACAGUCUCGGUGCAUCGUGUCAGAAAAUAGCAACAUGGCUAAACGUGUAGUGAAAGUCGUUACCGCGCACGGGGACAAAAACAUUCGAGUGUGGAAGUUUGACUGUGAAAAUGACAAGGGGUGA